AAGGCCCCCGCGAGCUGAGAGCAGCCCGUGUCUUCCAGCUGCCGUCGGGUUCCUAGCCGUGUCCAGUGUCAUCACCAUGUCAGCGCCCUUCUUCCUGGGGAGGAUCAUCGACGUCAUUUACACCAACCCCACCGGGGACUACAGCAGCAGCCUGACCCGCCUCUGCCUGGCGCUCAGCGGCGUGUUCCUGUGCGGAGCUGCGGCCAACGCCAUCCGUGUCUACCUCAUGCAAACCUCAGGGCAGCGCAUCGUGAACCGGCUGCGAGCUUCCUUGUUCUCCUCCGUCCUGAGGCAGGAAGUGGCUUUCUUUGACAAGACCCGCACGGGCGAGCUGAUCAACCGCCUCUCCUCGGACACGGCGCUCCUGGGCCGCUCGGUGACCGAAAACCUCUCGGACGGGCUCCGGGCCGGGGCCCAGGCCUCUGUCGGGAUCGGCAUGAUGUUCUUUGUCUCGCCUCAUCUGGCCACUUUCGUUUUGAGUGUGGUGCCUCCAAUAUCCAUCCUUGCGGUGAUUUAUGGACGAUACCUACGGAAACUGACCAAACUCACUCAGGACUCCCUGGCACAAGCCACGCAGCUAGCCGAGGAACGCAUCGGAAACAUCAGAACUGUUCGAGCUUUCGGGAAAGAAGUGACUGAAAUCGAGAAAUACACCAGCAAAGUGGACUUCGUGAUGCAGUUAGCCAGGAAGGAGGCGAUCGCUCGGGCAGGCUUCUUCGGAGCAACCGGGCUCUCUGGGAACCUGAUCGUGCUCUCCGUGCUGUACAAAGGCGGGCUGCUGAUGGGCAGCGCCCACAUGACCGUGGGCGAGCUCUCUUCCUUCCUCAUGUACGCUUUCUGGGUUGGAUUGAGCAUCGGAGGUCUGAGCUCGUUCUACUCGGAGCUGAUGAAGGGCCUGGGCGCCGGGGGCCGCCUCUGGGAGCUGCUGGAGAGGAAGCCGGGGCUGCCUUUCGACGAGGGGCUGACCUUGAACGAGAAGAGCUUCCAGGGUGCGCUGGAGUUCAAGAACGUGCACUUCGCCUACCCGGCUCGCCCCGAGGUGCCCAUCUUCCAGGACUUCAGCCUCUCCAUCCCCUCGGGGUCCGUCACGGCGCUGGUGGGCCCCAGUGGGUCCGGCAAAUCCACGGUGGUUUCCCUCCUGCUGAGGCUGUACGACCCCCUUUCAGGGACCAUCAGUCUGGACGGUCGUGACAUCCGCCAACUGAACCCCGUCUGGCUGAGAUCCAAGAUCGGGACAGUGAGUCAGGAACCAAUUUUGUUCUCUUGCUCAAUUGCUGAGAACAUUGCUUACGGGGCAGAGGACCCUUCUGUGGUGACGGCCGCGCAGGUGGAGGAGGUGGCGGAAGUCGCCAACGCAACUGCUUUCAUCCGCAGCUUCCCGCAGGGGUUCGGCACGAUGGUCGGAGAAAAGGGAGUUCUUCUCUCAGGUGGGCAGAAGCAGCGGAUCGCCAUCGCCCGGGCGCUGCUGAAGAAUCCCAGAAUUCUCCUCCUGGAUGAAGCCACCAGGUGAGGAUAUCUCAGCACUACAUGUGAUU